UCUUUAGCAAAACCACUUGUGCAUGAAGAUGUGUAUUGAAAAUGCAUCUUAUACAAUGCUGACAAAGUCGAAGAGAUUAUUUCAUAACUAAUAUUAAAAGCUCCAUGUUGGCAAGUAGCACGUUCACUGCCCUUUUGAAAGAUCACAGUGGAAGAUAGAAGAAAGAAGCCCUGUGGGAGGACUAUGACACGUCCCAUCCUACACAUUAGAUUCCAUACUUUAUCUCUGGCCUCCACUCUGGACAGCGAAUUGUAGAGAUACUUUUCUGUUAAAGAUUCUUUUCAACAUUCAUCAUUGGCUUCAACGUUCAGGUCUUUCAUUUCCUUGCCCCAUACUUAUUUAUUGUUUCAUUACCUGCCACUUUCUUGCAUUUGUCCUGUUAAAGAGUCCACCAUGGCUGUUUAAUAUUUAAAGGCUGGGAUCAUUUGCAGGUUUUAGUUUAAAGGUAACCAUAGCACACGCACACACAUUCAUUAUUAAUAGCAGAGAUGCACUGUAAGUUCUUAGGAAUCUUCUUUCGAUGUUAGUUUCAUAUGGGUGCUGCUGUUGCGAGAAUGAGGCUCUGAUAUUGCUAUGUGGCAAGGGGACUAAUGCAAUAACACUGAUCCAGAGAUUAUGUGAAUUGUUUAUGUGGGUGGAAGUGAUCAUGCUAAAAAGGGACAUAAAGCCAGAAAAUGACAGGCCACGGAAAGUCCGGUUUCGGAUCGCGUCAUCUCACAGCGGGCGAGUUCUGAAGGAAGUGUAUGAAGAUGGGCAACCAUCAGGCUCCCUGGAUUCUGAAUGUGCCAGCAUCUGUGGGGUAGAUGGACUGAGUGAGUCUGAUGGACAGCAAAAUGGCCACAUAGGAUCAGAAGGUGAUGAGUAUGAGAACGACCAGGAUAACUUGCUGGUGUUAGCGAGGGCUGCCAGUGAGAAGGGUUUUGGUACAAGAAGAGUCCACAUUUUAAGCAAAAAUGGCACAGUCAGAGGCGUCAAGUACAAAGUGAGUGCCGGCCAAGCUCUAUUUAACAAUUUGACCAAAGUGUUGCAGCAACCAUCAACUGACCUAGAAUUUGACCGUGUAGUGAUUUAUACCACUUGCCUUCGUGUUGUACGAACAACCUUUGAAAGAUGUGAACUGGUUAGAAAGAUCUUCCAAAACCAUCGAGUAAAAUUUGAAGAGAAAAACAUAGCUUUGAACGGUGACUAUGGAAAAGAGCUAGAUGAGCGAUGCCGGCGUGUUUCUGAAGCUCCUUCCCUCCCUGUCGUGUUCAUCGAUGGCCAUUACCUUGGGGGUGCUGAGAAAAUUUUGUCAAUGAAUGAAUCAGGAGAACUGCAAGACCUCUUAACCAAAAUUGAGAGAGUGCAGCAUCCACAGGAGUGUCCCUCCUGUGGAGGCUUUGGCUUUCUUCCGUGCUCCGUGUGCCAUGGGAGCAAGAUGUCAGUGUUUCGAAACUGCUUUACAGACUCUUUCAAAGCUUUGAAGUGCACUGCUUGCAACGAGAACGGCCUUCAACGCUGUAAGAGCUGUGCUGGUUAGCCGGAGAUCUCACCCAGGGAGAGCCUCGUUUUAUUAACUAAAGUCAAUCAUAUGGUUUAUACGUGUUUUUAUUUUUAACUGUCAUGUUUAUGAGUUAAUCAAUAAACUUUGUUUAGUAUAA